AGUAAAAUUCAUUGUCAUUGACGACUUUCUAUGAAUUUUAAGUGUUCUUUGAAAAAAUAAAGUUUAAUUUUUUACAAAUGUUUUGUAUUGAUUUCUUAAAAUUUUUGUUUGCUUUACUUUCAGCACUAGGCUGGGGUGAACACCUUGAGAGAAAAUGCUUUAGAAGUGACUAUCCAACGGGCAGAUACCUUGGAAUCGACUAUCAAAUUGUCUACGUUACGGAGAAGCAUUUUCUUCAAUUGGAAUGCCGAGCAUGUAAUGAAACCAUUCCCUCGGGAAUAAAUGCAACUUGGUCCAUGCUCGAGCUAAACCACACUAACGUGCACCCAGUCUUCGUGCCGUUCAAACCAAAAUCGAAAAAAUUCAAGAAGCGUAUGGAAAUAUUUGAUAACAAUACGUUGGUAAUUAACAAAGUGAAAACAAAACACAGUGGACUAUACAGCUGUAACACCACUCGUCUCAAUGACACUGAUAAUUCCACCAUAUCCAUCUCCUACAACUAUCUGACACAGGUGAUUGAAAAAGACGUGAUAUCCGAAUUACCAAGUGGCUCAUUGACCGAUUGGAGGAAAUACCGCGAGAAUGUCCUUGAACCCGCUGCCCUAAAGCUCGACGACGAAAGUCUUGAGGAUCAAAUUGCAGGUCUAAAUGUCACCUGGAGUCCUUGGUCGAGUUGUUUGUGUGGCUCAUUUAAAUUCGAUACUCGUAGAUUCCGUUAUGCGUAUCCUUAUGUAAUAGUGAAUGAAAGUGAUCAACUUGCACCGAUAUUCCCUACACAGUCUGAAUGGUUGAUGGACUUCUACCCUUACUUCGCAAGCAUUGUGAUGAACCUAACGAUUUUUUACGAGUACGAGCGAUGUGUUGAAGAUUGCGUACCAGAUGCAUUGGAGGAAGAUGUCGAUUAUAAAUAUGAACAAAGUGUUUACCUUCCGGAAGGAUCUGAUACAAAAUUUCUUUGCCCAGAGUCAGAAAACGCUAGUGAAGUUCUUUGGGUCAUUAAUGAAGAAACUGUUCUCUCGAAAAGUCCAAAUGCCCUUGGGACUGGAGCUAGCGAGAAUCACGUUGCCGUCGAUAUGCGGGACGAACUAUUCUUAACAGCAGUGCGUCCAUCAGAAGCAGGAAUCUUCUCGUGUAUUGUGGAUAUGAUGCCGAUUAAAAAAAUCACGGUUACUAUAAUCCCCAAGUCUAUCUUCUUAACGAAAGGUGCGUAG